UUAUAUUGAUUUUGGUUUUAGGGUUCCUCACCAAUCAUCCAUCAAACAGGCCAUUGCUUUUCCUAGUAAGUCUUCAUUCAACUUCUGCCCCUUUUACUAUGCACCAUUUGCUCAAUUAUUAAUCUUGUUAUUUUAUAGGUCCUAAGAGAGAGAGAUAUAAAGUUUAUUGUUUUAGGUGAGAAAUAUAUGUAAUUUAAGAAUAAAUUGAUGUACCCAUAUAAGUAUUUGAUCAUACCCAACAUUUUAGUUGAAAAUUUGUAAUGUUAGGGGAGAAAGAUAAUACUAACACCAUCCCACCACCACCGUUGCCACCCGCCCCAACGAGUGACGAGAAGACAAAUUUGCAGCCAGUUUCAUGGGCUGGCGUGUCACCUGUACGUUCAACUCCUAGAAACUCAAAGUCAAGAACUUGUUUGCCUCCCAUUUUGGUUUCUAGACCGAAAGCGAUGGAGUGGCCGAAGGCGGGGGCAGAUGAUAUUGGGGUGUGGCCAAAUGUCACUACACCUCGUGCUAGCCUUAAAGCACGAGACGAAUUUGACAACGAAUGUUCAAGAAUCAUAGAUCAUGUUUUCCUAGGAAGUGAUUUAGUUGCGAAAAACUUUGAUGUUCUACGUGAGAAUGGGAUCACGCAUGUUUUGAAUUGUGUUGGUUUUGUAUGUCCCGAGUAUUUCAAGAAAGAUCUAGUGUAUAAGACUCUUUGGCUAAGAGACACGCCUACGGAAGACAUCACGAGUAUCCUAUACGAUGUUUUUGAUUACUUUGAGGAUGUUCGCGAACAAAAAGGUCGUAUUUUUGUUCAUUGUAGUAAAGGGGUCUCAAGAUCAACAUCUUUAGUUAUCGCAUAUUUAAUGUGGAUUAAUCGGCUUAGCUUUGAAGAAGCAUUUGAACAAGUGAAAGCCGCAAGAGGGGUGAUCGACCCGAAUAUGGGUUUUGCUUCUCAACUCUUGAAUUGCCAAAAACGGGUCCAUGCGGGCCCCAUGAGCCCGAAUACCGUUCUAAGAAUGUUUAGAAUCGCCCCACAUUCCUCAUAUGACCCACUUCAUCUUGUGCCUAAACUGUUGACCCGACCCGAUUCAAAUGCACUUGAUUCGCGUGGAGCAUUCAUCGUUCACGUGCCUAACAACAUUUACGUGUGGAUUGGAAAGAACUGUGUUUUGUUAAUGUCCGAGAGUGCGAUUUUAGCGGCUUCACAAGUGAUUAGAUAUGAAAAGGCAACUGGGCCGGUUUUGAGGGUUUUAGAAGGGGAAGAACCGGUUGAGUUUUGGGGGGCGAUUUUGAGUGAAAAAGAAGCGAGUUUAGGCGAAAGGAGAGUCGUUGAUUAUGAUUUAGACUUUGCGAUUUUUGACAAGGCGGUUAAUGGCGGGGUUGUACCGCCUUUGGCUUCGAGUAAUAACAACCAUGAAAUGUGCUUACCGGCUAGACGAAGCAGCUGGGAAAGGUUGAAAAGAAAGUUCACUAAUGGUGUUAUGCAAGAGUUAAUGGAUCAUAAACUAACUUAUGAGGAUGAUUAUGAGCAUGAUUUAUGUAAAUCUCCCUCUCUUAUUGUUAAGAGACUCAAGAAAGUUUACUAAUUUGUUCAACCUUAUGAUGUCUGAAAAUUCAGA